UUCAUCCACUUUUUAUUUUAUUUCUAAUACUACUAUGGUUUUAAAUUUUACCAUGUGUCUCCCAAAUUAUUUUUAUAAUAAAAAUAUAAUAUUAUAAUCCACGUUUGGAAUCAAAACACUUCCUCUUCUGAUUUCUAUCUCCCUCCCUCAGUAUUAUUAUCUACGUAUUAAAGUAAUGCAACUAAGGGGCUAAUUAAACCCAGUUUCAUACAUGUUGCAGCUUCUACUCAGCUUUUUUCAGAAUCAUACAUAAAGGGAGCAUACUUUUUCAAAACAUAGCCUUUAAUGAUGGAUAUUGAGGAAGCAGAAAGGGUAGUUGUUGCCAAACCAAUUGCUUCAAGACCUACUUGUUCUACUUACAAUUCUUUCUCAGAGCUCUUAGCCGGUGCAGUCAAUGCCACUCCCUCCAUUGCAUCUUCUCAAACUACAAUUUCUGCCAUUAGGCCAAAGACAGUGAGGUUCAAGCCAGCAGUGAAUCUCACCCCUGCUAAGUCUAUUUUUUCUCAGGCUGAAUUUUUUGGAGGUGCACUUAGCAAUUCUACUGACAUGGAUCCCAAACCUGACACCAAUCACUCUCUCAUAUACAAGCCAAUGGCAAAAUUUGUGUCACAAACAACUGUCUCUCUCUUGGCAAAUAUGGGAAUUUGCAAUACUAGUCAACAGCAAACACAACAAUCAAUGGAAGACAAUCUUCAGCAUCAAAACCAUGACAAGCUUAGAGCCAAUAUGAGCUCAAAUAUUCAUCAGAACACUACCCUUCCUAUAGAAACAUACCAUGCCACUGAACCUUGUAAGAUGACACAGCAGAACAUGGAGGAAGACCAAAAAGCUUUAACAUCCACAACUAGUGCUGAUAGACCUUCUUAUGAUGGAUACAACUGGAGGAAAUAUGGGCAGAAGCAAGUAAAGGGAAGCGAAUAUCCUCGAAGUUAUUACAAGUGCACACAUCCUAAUUGUCCAGUUAAAAAGAAAGUUGAAAGAUCAUAUGAUGGAGAGAUUGCAGAAAUUGUUUAUAAAGGUGAACACAACCAUGCAAAGCCGCAGCUUCAAAAGCGAAACUCAGGAGGGACACAAGGAUCAGGAAUGGUGUCUGAUGGAAUGGUUCAAGAUAUAUGGAAUGAAGGCAGAAUAGAGACCCAGAAUGAUUCUGCUUAUCAUGUCAAAGCUACACAGCCUAAUAAUGAUUCUGCUCUAAUUGGUCAUAUUAAUGUUGGUGGAGGGAGCAUAGAAAAUUCUUGUGGUCUAAGUGGGGAAUGUGAGGAAGGAAACAAAGGAUUUGAGGCAGAGGAAGAUGAUCCUAGAAGUAAAAGAAGGAAAAAUGAGAAUCAAUCCAACGAAACAGCAGUAUCAGAGGAAGGUUUAGUAGAGCCGCGCAUUGUGACACAAAGUUCUGCAGAUUCUGAAAUCCUUGGCGAUGGCUUUCGCUGGAGGAAAUAUGGUCAAAAAGUUGUAAAGGGAAAUCCAUAUCCCAGAAGUUACUAUAGAUGUACUAAUAUAAAGUGUAAUGUUCGCAAGCAUGUGGAGAGAGCAAUAGAUGAUCCAAAAUCAUUUGUGACAACAUAUGAAGGAAAGCACAACCAUGAGAUGCCACUCAAGAACACAGUAACUGUGGCCUCUGAAAAAGAUUCACAAGCUUCUCUUAGUAAAGAUAAACCAUAUUGACAAUUUUAUUAUUAGUUAACAAUAACAGUAUAGUAUAGUUAUGACUAAAUGGUUUGGAUCCUCUUAUUUGGAAGUGAUCUAUUCCAGUUAUCCUGAAGUAUGCUCAGAAUAAUUGAAGUUCAUCAGAAGAUGGUGACAAUUUGGAAUAUUGCAGCAACUACUGAGACUAGGAUAUUUAUUUUCAUGUUAUUAUUAUCAUUAUUAUAUACAUUAAUUAGUUAGCUAUCCUUCUUUUUAAUUUGGAGCAUAAUUCAUAUGGUGAUCAAUUUUAUUUUAAUGUAAGUCACUGCAAUCACCAUGAGAUGAACUUAUUUAGUGCUUCCUUUUUCUUACAGUAUUUAUCUUUUAAUGUAAUGUAUACAUUUUGAGGAAAUUAUUAAUGCCGUUUCAUUCA